AUGUCAUGCUGGAACACCAGGACUGAGCCAACCUUGGGCUGCACGGAUGCCACCACCUUGUGUGAGUGUUGCUCCAAGAAUCUUGUGGCGCCGCCAUCGAUGCCCUCGCUAAGGUAUAUCAUAAAGGUGAGGUAUGAUCGGUUGUCACUGUCGCGUACAAAGUUGCCGUCCAAAUGCGGGGCGAAUGCGCCACCCAGGUUAUACUUGCACAGACGCCACAUCUCAUUGACCUCGUGCAACUUCCACUUUCCAUUGAUCGAGUCAUACUUUAGAGAGAUGUUCAAGUUGUCUGGCAAAUACUGCUUUAUCCUCUCAAACACUGUUGCACUCAAUGAAUGGCUUGAUACCAUGAUCCUAACAUUGCCUCUAUACUGUGUCUUAUAG